CCGCUGUGCGUGCCCGUGGCUCUGAUAAACAUUUCGGCUGGGUGUUUCUCUUUAAUUCUGCGGCAUCUCCCUCGCUGUAUGCGGCCCUGCUGCUGUGAGGAGGGCGGGCCGUGAGCACAAUGAGCAGACUCUGGACAGUAAACUCACCGAUGCGACGUGUACGCAGCGUGGACUCGGGGCUGGUUUACAGCACGCAACUCCGCUAACGUGAUUUACAUUGAUUGAAUUUGGACUGCAUGCGGAGCUUGAACUUGAACAGGGACCGAGUCUGCUUGUCUGGAUACUGACCUCGGGUAAACCCUCGGAGGCUAGGCGGACUUUGGAGAUACUCUGCAGGGGUAUUUUUGCGCAUCACGGAAACUCUGGCGCAGCGCAAAAGAGGAUGAUCUCCCACUUAACUGAUCUGACGCGCCACUGAGUGAGACUGCGACUAUUAAGGGACACAUUGUGUAGCGGAUCAAGAUGAUGUCACUGAUAGAUCUGGACGAUGAUCAGCGAUGGGUGCCCACUCAUGUGAAUGUCACCGUCCUCCGCGCAAGGGGACUGCGAACCAAGGGCAAGCACGGCAGCCGCUACCUCUACACCAUCAUUCAGGUGGGGAAGGAGAAGUACACCACCGGGCUGGUGGAGAAGGCGGAGAUGCCCGUGUGGAACGAGGAGUGCUGCUUCGAGCUGCUCCCCGGUAUCCUGGAGGACGGCGGCCGGGGCGACUACCCUCCGGGGAGUGGAGAUCUGGUCCUCACGGUCAUGCAUCGGGUGCUCAUCGGACUGGACGUAUUUCUCGGUCAAACCAUCAUCCCUCUUGAUAAGAUAUUUCAGGAAGGAAUGUGUCCAAGAGACGAAUGGUUCAAGCUUAACUCAAAGGCCGGACGAAAAGAGAAGGAACGUGGUGAACUCCAGGUAACGGUCCAAUUCACCCGCAACAACAUGACAGCCAGCAUGUUCGACCUCACCGUGAAGGACAAACCUCGCUCGGCGUUUGGCAAGCUCAAGGAUCGCGUCACAGGGAGGAAGAGGGGCGACGUGGAGUCCUCCUCGGCGAUAGUACCAGGCCGCUACGCCGCCCUGUCGGGAUCUCUGGGGCAGCCGUUCGGGGAGGAGGGCGGAGGGGUGGUGCAGCCGCAAGACGUGGAGAUAGCAGAGGAGAAGAGGAGCAAGGUGAAGGAUUUCUUCAAGGGAAAGCUGCGGAAGUCGUCAGACACCAGGUCGUGCUCAUCGCUGGCCUCGGAGAGCAGCAUGUCUUCCAUGGCCAGUGAUAACCUCGGCCCUCCACCCAGCCUUGAUCUGCUGUCAGACCCUCCCACCUCUCCCAUCUACACUAGCAAAGUGAGAGUGGACUCCCACUUUGGAGAGGCUGAUUUAGCUAAAAAAGUGCUCACCAGCCAGCACACCACCAAAGUCCUCACACACAAGCGAGCCUUCAGUGACGAAGCCAGUAAGAUCACAACGGCCUUCCCUCGACCAAAUCCUGCAGUGGAGUCUCUCAAAGGCCAGACCAUGACUCAGUCCAAGUCCUCCUUGUGUAUAAAUGGGAGCCAUGUCUACGACUCUGAGCCGUCAACUCCAAAGUCGAAGCUGGUUCUGCUGGAGAAAUGCUCCCCGCUAUCUCGCUCCCUGCAGAAUCUCACCAAAAGAAGUGAGGACAAAGGUUCCUUUGCAGAGGGCCGACGCUGGUCCUUUGACAAGACGAAGAAAGAGGAAAAGGAGGAGGAAAGAGAAGCUCAGGCAUCUUCUCCCCCACAGGCAGGGGGUCGUCCUGUCCAGGAAGCAACACCGAUCGUCUCCUCAACUGCUGAUUCACCUGAAAAAGGGAGGAAGCUAAGAAAGUCGUUGUUCUCUGGGGGGAGGAGUGAUUCUCUCCCAGCUAAGUCAGACCUCAGCCAGGCUGGUACAUCAUCUGAGGGGAGACUCAAAGGCUGGUUUGGCUCUGGUGACUCCCAGAACAAGCCCAGGCUGGAAGUUUCUUCUAAGAUAGAAAGCAGCUCAGAUGUACCCCCUCCCCUCCCUCCUCGCUCCCCUGUACCUCCACAGUGCUCCUCUCCCUCUGCCUCCCCUUCCGGUCAUGCCUCGCCUGAUGACUGCAGUCACACCAAUCAAUUCACACCUACUUCCUCCCCUUCCUCAACCCCCAUCUCCCCUUCCAACCCUUUCCUCCCACGUAUGCAGUGCAACCCCUUUUUUGAGGAGCUCAUAUCAGAAGAGCUGCAGAAGUCCCCUCCUUUGGCUCCUUGCUCCUCUUCUGGCUCAUCCCCCUUCCAUUACACCACACUGCCUGCCCAGGUUUGUACACCAGUCUCUGCUCACGAAGUUGAAGCAAAUAUGGUUUCCAUAAAGCGGGAGCGCCCCAGGCCAGUAGCUAGGCAGAUAUCUCUCCCCACAUUAUUACCCAAUAAUACCACACCUAACCCCCCUAACCAUUCUGCCCCUCCCUACGUGUCGGAGAGUGCGGGAGAAUGGGAAGACUCGUUUGACGCCUUUGCCUCUAGUAGACUAAACUCGCCUAAAGGCCCACAACAACAGCGAGCUAGCCCAGCUUCAUGCCGUAAACGUAGCUAUCCCCCACUCAAUAACAAUGCCAAUAACUAUGCACAAGAACUGCAGACAUGCAAAGAGGAGCCUCCGCCUUUGCCUCCAAGGAGGCUUUUAAGAACUUCAGUGAAUGAGAUUUACUCUGAUGGCUGGCUGCACAGAGGUCAGGAGCUGGCCGUCCAUAAAGAAGCAUACCUCCUCUCUCAGACUGGUGUGGCGUCGCUACAACGCGGAAAAGAAGGAGAAUGCAAAAGGAACAGUGUUUCUCCGGACGCUCAAACAAGCAGCGAGACCUCUGAGUCCCUCGGCAUGCACUUCCAGCCACAAAGAAACGUUACAUCUCCAGGGUUCACAUUGGAAGAGAAGCUCAAAAAGUUCAAAUAUGAACCUUUGGAAGAUGACACUGAUUGCUGGGGAGGCAUGUUGUUUGAGCAGGACCUGUAUGGACGUGUGUGCAGGGGCAAUUAUGGACAACCUAAAGUAAAGAGUCAUCGUUUGUCAUUGAACUCAGAGGACUUAGCUGUUAUGUCCAAGGACUCAGGGCAUAAAAUUCUUCCUGAUAGUGAGAUAUCUGUCGCAAACCUUGUGAACUUGUCUGAUAUGCCAUCAAAUACAGGUGUAAAGGUGCUAGAUAUUUCUUCCACUCCAGAAGAGGAGACAGUGGAGGCUCAUCCACCUGAAACAUGCGUCAACAAUAACAUCUCCUUCUCUCUAACUUUAGGAGAUCUGAACAUGAAUGUAAACAACUCAGACUUUGGUUUUAUCGACUCUGAUGGAUCUCCUCCAUCAGAGGCAGGUGAUACUCUCGAAAGCAUCAACAGUUUGGGCGGGACUUUAACACAACCGUCAGAAGAUUCGCAGAUUGCGGUUUUCCAUGAGGCGACCACAACCAGAGACCUGUUCACUUUGAAGGACACCUACAUACCUGAGGUGAACUCUUCUUUUGAAAUGACAGCGUCGUCUAAUAAACUGUGCAAAGUGUCUCCAGUUUGUCAAGACAAAUGCCAAGACUGUGAAGUGAACGACGUAGCGCUACAUGGUCACUCCAGGACAAACAGUCGAGACUUUGCUGCUUUGUUGGUACAAGAUCAAUCAUCCCAUUUGCCUGAAACUGAAUACAGAGAAGAGAAAAUAAGGUUUGAUGAUGAUUUAACAAAGACACGUGGGGACUUCGAUGAUAAUGGAAACCCAGGCGCCAUGGUAACCAAACCUAACCAGUCCGAGCCGUUUUCAAGGGUGGUUAGUGCACGUUUUAGACCAAAAGGAGUGUCUCGACAGAGCAGUAGUGACAGUCCAAACAGCCAAAACAAAAGCGGUGACAGAGAGUUUGAACAGUUUUUGUCUCUCGUUCAAAACAUUUCAGAAGUCAGUGAAGGCCCAUUAUCAUAUCAGCCCUCUAAGUCAGCCCUUUCUUCUUUGCAGACAUUAAAUAAGCAGACAGAUUUGCUAGGAAGUAGCACCAGUAAUGACCAUAAUGAGCUGAAUAUUAUGUCACAAGUAUCCCUGAAGGACAACACUACAUCACGUCUUCAAGAAAACUGUGUCAGAGAGAUCAGUUUCAAGGACCUCCACGCUAAAGUAGCGCCAAACUCCAGAACCCCUUCCAAGGCAAAGAUUGGGCAAUCUUUGCGAGAGCCUGACCCCUCUUCUCCCUCUAUCCCUUCUGCACUCUCCCCAUCAGCUGAUACCUCUGUCUGUUGCCCCUCAUUACAUCCCUCAAGCACAGCCCCAAGUGCUGGAGACAGCACUACGCUGGCUGUGGCCCCCUACACCUCCUACUCCAACACCUCCACCACUGACCAGCCCCUGGUCGCUGCACGGCACUCACUUUUGCCUGAGGAGUCACAGCCAGCUAGCAACCUGCCCCAUCAGGAGAGCAGACCUCAUCCAGUGAAGCCUUUAACCUCCAGCCAGUCAGACAAGAAGGAGGGUCGUUCGGUCCUGGAGAAGCUCAGGUCCACCAUCCAUCCUGGACGCACCGCCCAUCAGGCUGCAGCUGAACCUGAGAGGAGCCAGGAGGUGACAGUGGACAACUCGGCUCAGUACCAGCACCUGACCAACAUGGAGCUGAUCUCCCUGCUGCUGCAGCAGGAGAUGGACAUGCAGAAGCAGCAGGCAGCCUCCGAACGGCAGGAGGCGCAGCUGGAGAAAUGCGAAGCCGAGCUGAAAAAGGUCAAGCUGCAGGUUCGAGACCUGGAGGACUAUAUUGAUAAUCUGUUACUGCGGAUCAUGGAGCAGACGCCCACGCUGCUUCAAGUGCGGGCUAGACACAAGUGACGACAGUCGUAGUGUUCAGCGUGUUGCACAUGUUUUAUGAGGCUCUGGAAUAUUGUUUUCUUGAGUGAAUGUUUCAAGUCAUUAUUCCAGAGGCUCCACAAACUCUGAUCUCACAAUCAUCCAGGUCUUCUCACUGCUGAUACUGCCCUGUUGAUGUAGACACGAUAUUACCCCACAUGCAUGCUGGUGACUGUCCCAAUUUGGCACAAACAGAAAACAGAUCCAUGUGUUAUGAGAAAAGGCUUCAAACUAAGCAGAUGAUCAUUUUACCCAUGCUUACUAGAACUAGAACUAGAACUGCCAAUUUAACGUCAGAGCCGCUGCUUUCACACAUGCAUACGAUAAAACACAGGCUAGAGAAAGACAUCUUGGAAUUGCGUUGAAUUUCUUUGGGGACUAAACUAUAUGAUGUUGGUGCAAGUGACCUUUAAAUUCCACAAUGGUUAACUUGAGUUAAACAUAUUUUAAAAUGCAAAUUUAUGAAUUAAUAUAGCGACAUGGAAAAGGCUGCUUUGCAACAUGAAUAAUAGGGAAAGAGUUGUUUCCACAUUAACACUGCUGUAUGAUGUGCAAAAGAGCAACAUUCGUGUUUCUGUCAUAAAAGACAGACAGACUGUAGACGAAGAUUUAUUGUUCUUAUUUGUUUUUUUUUGUUUUUUUUUAAAUGCUUUCCUUUAUUUCCCCAAGGCUUAAAUAAUAAGAACACUUUAAUAUAUUUUUAAUUUUUUUGACAUAGUAACAUUUUACUGUUAAAGGUAACAAUGCAGUAAGUAAGAGUACCAUAACUUAUUUCUAUCAAAUACUUUUGUCUUGAUAGUAUAUUCUCUAUGCCACUCUAGUACCACUGUAGCUACUCGCAAUGCUUUACAUGACCGCAGGACUGUACUGUAAUAAAAUGCACAAAAAAAUGAAGCAGAGGUUUCUCAACUGUUGUUUUCACUGAUCAGAACUGAGACAGACGGCAGACCUUUGG